AUGUUUUUAACUUGUUGUCCUAAUGUUUAUUCAAUGGUCCUUAAAACAUAGAUAAAUUUCAUAGAUAAUGAAAUUCUCUUAUCCCUUGAUUUAUAACCUCCAUUUAAAGCAAUUCUAAAGAAGGACUUCUUACAUAUAUAUCAAGAUAAUGAACCUAAAUUCUCACUACCAAUUUCAUUUCCUAAUAUAAUUCAUUGGGUUUACAAUCAAAGUUUAGUAGGAUUUAAAAUUAAUCAAACAACUUACUUAACAGAUUAAGCUUACAAAUUAAAAGAAUUCUUAAAUGGAAAAUUAUUUUUUUCAAGAAUCUAAGAUUUCUAUACUCCCUUAUAAGUUUUAGGAUAAGGUAGUUCAGCAAAAGUUCUUUUAGUGAAAUCAAAGAUUGGAGAUUAAUAUUUUGCAGCAAAAUGUGUAGAGAAAAAUGAAUUAAUGUAUUAAGAAAUUGAGAUCAAUAAUUAAUUAGAUCAUCCAGCUUUUGUAAAAAUUAAAGAAGUUUUUUAAGGUGAAACAAGUUAUUAUAUUGUUAUGGAUUUAUUAUCAGGAAAGAAUUUAUAAUAAUUGAUUAAGAACUAACAUGGAGGUCUUACUUUGGAAUAAUCCUAAAAAAUUAUGCAUGUAAAUUAAUAGUUAAAUAGGCUUUAUUAAGUGGAAUUGAUUAUAUGCAUUCAAAAAGCAUUAUACAUAGAGACAUUAAACCUGAGAAUAUAGUAUUAUAAAAAACUAAUAAUCUAACAACACUUAAAUUAGUUGAUUUUGGUCUCGCUACAUAUUAUAAUUUAAAAAAGUAAUAUUAUAUUUAUAUUAUUUAGAUUUAAAUAUCCUAAAUGUGGAACUCCUGGUUAUGUUGCACCUGAAAUAGCUAAUUUAACUGAUAAGGAUACAACAUAUGGUCCUGCAUGUGAUAUCUUUAGUGCAGGAUCUGUCUUUUUUAAAUUAUUAACAGGUAGAGAUUUAUUUCCAGGAACUGGAUUCAAUUAUGUUUUAUAAUUAAAUAAAAAGUGUCAUAUUGAUUUUUCACCAUUAACAUUAAAGAAAAUACCACAUAAUGUGAUAGUAAAUUAUAUUAUAUAUUGAGGGAACUUGUAUAAA